GAGGGAGAGAGAGAGAGAGAGAGAGAGAGAGAGAGAGAGAGAGGAUCGUUUGCGAAAACACCGGAAACUGGCCGGAAAGGCCGAGCGAUAAGGGCGGGGGGAGAAAAAAGGGAAGAGAGAUUUAAACAGCGUGUGUUUUCGCCGACGCAGCCGUUUCCAUUUGUGUGAUUAACGAGGGAACGCGCCGAAUCAACGUGUCAGUGAUAUCGGAUUGUUGGGGAAAAUUUUUUCCCCCGGCCGCGGGAGCAACGUGGAACGAAUUAAUCGGCUGGAGGAGAGAGCCGCUGCAGGUGGGAGAGGGAAUGUAGCAAUAAAAGAAGAUCCUAAAACGCCGUAAAACGACGUGCAGUGCGCAGCAGCAGUUUCGCGGAUUAAUCAGAUAUUCGCGUGUUAAUCUCGCCGGACUCUCUCGGCCGCCCCGCCGCGCCGCGCCGCGCCGCGCCGCGCCGAGGUCUCGCUUCAUGAGACAGCACCUGGGAUUGGCGUUUCGCGAUUGUGUGUGCGUUUUGCAGUGAUCGUCGGAGAGAAAUGUGCUGCGAGUUCAGUGCGUGAAGUUCCGUCUCUCAGUUUUCAUCCCUCCGCCCCGUUCAAUGGAGUUGCUUGCUGUUCGCCGUUCGCAAAUGAAUACUGCGAGCGACGUUCGGCACCUGUGUGAUUGCAGUUCAUUCCAAAUUUAAUCGAUUAUUAGCUUAGAAAAAUUAAGAAUCGUAGAUUGUACAAAUUAGUCCACGAGACGUGGACAGUGUAAUGUGGGGAGUUUCGCGAAUUUUAACUUGCAAAUGACGCGCUUGAGUUGCGCCUAGAAUAUGCGAGAUGAUAACGAGUACUUAGGCUGAGGAAGCGAUGAGUGAUCGAUGAAUCUUUAACGAAUGAGCGCAUGAGAAGAAGAUGUCAGGGAAGUUUUCGAGUUAAGACCGCGUUGCACUUCGAUAAUCCGGCAAGUCGCAGAAAGACGGAGGAGCCAGCCGAGGUCCAUGACCCGCACGAAUGAAGCGGCCAGCAGCGGGACGGCGGAAGCACGGCGGGGUCGCAGUUAAUCGCGCGGACGUAAAUGAGGAACGAUCGUUGCGGAGCCGUGCGGAGGUGAUCGAUAGAUCGUGUCGGGCGUGAUCAGUCGGCGGGUAGCACGGGCGAGGGGAGGGUGGCAAGAUGGAACUCUUCUUGAUACUCGUUUGCCUGAUCGCGCCGCCCGCCCUCUCGCUCUCCAUCAAGAGCAAGCUCAAUCCACGGAUCGUGCAGACACGCUACGGCGAUGUGCAGGGCGUCACGAGGUCCUUCGAAUACAAGUUCCUCAAGCCGAUCGACGUAUACCUCGGUAUACCGUACGCCACACCGCCGGUCGGCAGCAACCGUUUCUCCCCGACGAGAGCGCCGAGUCCUUGGGAGGGAGUCAGAUUAUCGGAUUCGGUGGGUCCAGUCUGUCCCCAAAAGCUGCCGGACAUCGUGAACGAGCAGGAAGCGCUCGAGCGAAUGCCUAAGGGAAGGCUCGAGUACCUGAAGAGACUGCUGCCACAUCUGCGCAACCAGAGCGAGGACUGCCUCUACCUGAACAUCUACGCACCUGCCAUGGGCAUGGCGGAGGGCGGCAGGAAGCAUCCGGUGUUGCUGUACAUUCACGGCGAGAGCUACGACUGGGGCAGCGGAAACCCCUACGACGGCAGCGUCCUGGCUAGCUACACCGACCAAGUGAUCGUCACCAUGAACUACCGGCUGGGCGUGCUCGGCUUCCUGAAUGCCAACGUGGCGCCGCAGACCAAGGCGAGAGUCGCGAAUUACGGGCUCAUGGAUCAAAUUGCCGCCUUGCACUGGGUCCAGCAGCAUAUCGCCCUGUUCGGCGGGGAUCCCGAGAACGUUACCCUCAUGGGCCAAGGCACCGGGGCCGCUUGCGUACACUUUCUCGCCAUCAGUCCCACCGUUAUUCGGGGUUUAUUCAAGCGUGCCAUACUAUUAUCCGGCAGUGCCCUUUCAUCCUGGGCAGUGGUGGAGGAUCCAGUGUCCUACGCUUUGAAACUGGCUAAAGCUGUCAACUGCUCUAUUCCCGAUGAUCUCCUCAAAGACAAUGAGUUAAUAGUCGAUUGUCUGAGAGAGAGCAGCCUGGAAGAGCUGAUACAAGUUGACAUUCAACCGCCGACGUUUCUUAGUGCAUUUGGCCCGAGUGUCGACGGUGUUGUUAUCAAGCCAGACUUUCAAAAGGACCUUCUGUCCUACCUGGGUCCCGAAUUUCAAGGAUUCGGCCCCCUUCCGAAAAAAGCUGAACACGGCGCACCCAUUACGAGCAACAAUAAGUACGACCUGUUGUUCGGCGUAACUACGAGCGAGGCUCUGUGGAAAUUCGCGGAGAAGGAUGUCUUGCAAGGAUUCGAGGGGGAAAGGAGGGACAGGAUCAUCCGCACGUACGUCCGAAACGCCUACGUUUAUCAUCUCACCGAAAUAUUUUACACGGUCGUGAAUGAGUAUACCGACUGGGAGCGAACGGUACAGCAUCCCGUCAACACAAAAGACGCGUGUGUACAGGCGCUGAGCGACGCGCAAUUCGUAGCCCCGCUGGUGCAAACCGGAGAUCUCUUCACCCUCAGGCACACCAAAAAGCCGAAUAAUCCCCAUAUCGCGCCGAUCCCCGACAGCGAGAAAGAGCCUAUGCCCAAGACUUAUUUCUACGUGUUUGAUUAUCAGAUGAAGGACGGUGAUUACCCCCAGAAGAUGGGCUCCGUGCACGGGGAGGAACUUCCAUUCGUUUUCGGAGCGCCUCUGUGGGUGGAGGGAUUCGGCCAUUUUCCGAAAAACUACACAAGAUUGGAAAUGGCACUUUCGGAGAUCAUCAUGCAGUACUUCGCCAACUUCGUGAAGACGGGAAACCCGAACAUCAUCGAUCAUCACGGAAGGAACGACACUGUCCUGCCGGCCAGCAGGGAGAAGAGCCGAUUUCGCAGCUUAUCGUGGGAGCAGUACGACCCGGUGCAUCAAAAGUACCUGGAAAUCGGAAUGAAACCGAAGAUGAAGAAUCACUACAGGGCGCAUCAGCUGUCGGUCUGGCUGCGCCUCGUCCCGGAGCUUCAUCGCGCUGGAAUGGAGGAUGUCGAUUCUAGGCAUAACCUGUUCCGCGGCCACAGUGACCCCAGCCUAUACGACGGCUCCGUGCGGCCGGAUCCUCUCAGCAGAAUCAGCGAAGAGUUCAAGAGGAAGAACCUCAGCACGGAGCCGCCUACCACGACGGAUUACAGCAUGACGACGUGCGUCAGCCUCAUUCAGAGCACCAAUCUUCAAAACGUUCAUAACGCCAGCACCGACACUUUAGCCAGCUUGGACGCAGCUGGCUACGCGGCAUAUUCUACAGCUUUGAGCGUGACAAUCGCGAUCGGCUGCAGCCUGUUGAUCUUGAACGUCCUAAUUUUCGCCGGCGUCUAUUAUCAGAGGGAUAAAACGCGGCUCGAGGUGAAGAGUCUUCAGCAGCAGCAGUUGUUAAAUCAACAAUGCGGCCCUCGCGGCUUCACCGAGCUGAAACAACCACCGCCGCCGCAUUCUCACUAUGCCGGUGGGGGUCAAGUGAUCGUCGACGUUGAGAAUGAAAUGUUAAGAAGGAACGUGAUGAAAGGAGGUCCUAAUGAUCCGAACGCCCCUUUCCAAAGCCAAGGAACCCACACGCUGCCUCACCAGCAUCAUUAUCAGAAGCAGCAUCAACAGCAGCAUGCCACCCUCCCUCGAGCCUCAGUCAUCCAAGACAUUAACACGCAAACUCAAGGUCCUCCGAACGGAUCCAUCCACUUGACGGUGCCACGAGCUCCUCCGCCACCCAGAGCGAAGAGUCCGCCGGAGAACCAGCCCCUGCUGCAGAACGCGACCGUGUCGAGUCGCGUGUCGCAGGCGGCGAUGAGCGAGAUGCGAGUGUGAUGCUUGGACCCCCCUCCGAAGCCAGUCGUUCCGGAUGUCCUCACGGCGUCGACCUUGCUCUAGGCGGCUCGCCACGGGCCUGCUGAAGCGGACCCUCAAAGGGCCAUCGCUUGUUCAGCGGACCGACGUGGGAUAUCCCGAGGAACGCGAGCUCCGGACGAACGGAGGGGGGUGCUGGAGAUGGUUUUCUCAUUGCCGAGGAGUCGAAAUCGCGUCUACCGAACACUAAGCGAGCGAGAGAGAAAGAGAGAGAAAGAGAGAGUGUGUGUAUGCGUGUGUGUGUGUGUGAGAGAGAGAGAAAGGGGAACGGAGACAAGGGUGCCAUAGAAGUGCGCUGUCGUGAAUUCAGAGCUGCGAGGAUCGUACGAUGAAGCAGUGAAACGCGACUUAAGGACAUGUGAUUUCCUUCGCUUUUUCUCUGAAGACUGUCUUGCGCACGACCUUUGUGAAUUCUUGUACCUAGAUUUUCCAAUUCCACGACACGGAGAAUAUAGGAUGCGCUUUUACACCGAGGUAAAAAGAGAAGUGGAGUUUAAAACUGCACUCUCGUAGAAUGGUAAAACGCUCUUAAUUUUCACGUGACCGAAGAGGUCGGUGAAAAGAAGAAAAGAGCGGCCCGCUGCCAUUUUGAGCGAAGGUACCACGGAAAAAGGAUUCUCGGUCACGAUAAUCAGCGGUCGAAGUCGCGACAAACGAUAAAAUCAAAAGAGGACUGACCGACGGCGCCGCGCUCGAAGCUCUCGACUCGCAAUAAUCGGUAGACGUCGAUGAAUAUUUGCCAAGUCAAAUAUCAAAGGAGGUACAUGGCGAGUCAAGACGCGCUCGUCCCGAAGCGAUCGAAAGCUUAAUCAAAUUCUGCGCGAAGGAGUCAAACACGCGACACGUUCCGCAUAGUUAGUCGAUAAUGAGAGAGAGAGAGAGAGAGAGAGAGAGAGAGAGAGAGAGAGA